AUGAAUGUUUUUCUAAAUGAUGAUGAUCAAGGUAAAGGUUGUGGUGCUGAAGUUGAUGUCAAUGAUACUACAUUUGAGGACCAGAAUGAUAAAAAUGACGCUCAAGGUAAAGUUGAUGGUCGUGAUGGUCCCGAAUGUGAUGAUGAUGAUAAAAAUGAUGAUGUUGUUGGUAAAGGAAAUUUUAGUAAUGAAGAUGUUAACCAAGGAAACACAAGUGGAUUCAAUGAAGAAGAUGUCAUUAAUUUGAAUUCGAUUGUUGGAAAUGUUGUUAAGAGUGUUGGUCUAGUUGAUGGUUUUGAAGGUGAUGUUAAUGAUAUCCAAGAAGGUAUAAGUUUUCGUCAAUUCAUGUAUGAGAAUUUGGUUGGGUGUGGUAUAAAUCAGAAAGCAGCUGAAGAUGAUAUGAAUGACAUUUUGACUAGAACUUUAAAUUUGGGUUAUGAUGAUACAAACAAAGAAGGAAUUUCAGAUGAUACUGUUAAUAAAGUUAUUGGAGAAAAGAAUAAAGACGAUGAAUCAAUUGCUCCAAGUUUGGUUAAAGGUUGUGUUGGAGGUGAAGGUUUAAAUGAUAAGGCAAAGAAGGAUGGACAAGGUGUGGUAGAAUGUGAAGUUGGUACUGAUUUCGAAAAUAGGGUAGAAGAUGAUUCAAAUAAAAAUUUAGACCACGGUGUAGAAACUAUUUCUUUAGGAGAUCAAAACAAGAAUGAAAACCAAAUAGUAGAGGAUUCAAGUGUUAAAGAUGGAAAAGAAAGUAACAAAGAGGAGAAGAAGGUAGUUGGAGAGGAAACUACUAAAGAAGGUGAUGAAUUAAAUAAAGAUCAAAAAAUUAUAGAAUGGAAGGAUUCUAAUGAGACAAAAUCAUUGAUAAAAGACAAAGCGGAAGGGAAAUUUGAGAAGUUUUCUGGUCCAAGCUUUAGCCUUGGUUUUAGUCAAGAUUCUCAAGGCUUUAAGAAUCCAUCCUAA